CCCGGAAUUUUGAGGUAGAGGGAGGAGAGGGGAGGUUUCUGCAGCUUAGGAGGGUAAUGACGUGUGAGAAGCUGUUCAAUAUAACCAAGCUCUCUUAUGACUAUUCUUUUGUCCUUGACUGACAGCGGAGGACACAAGCGGAACGGAAGCUAAAUCAAGUUAUUUCGUAUAAAUAUUCGACCGCUCCUCCUUCGGUCGCCUUUACCUUGCAUGCAACAUGCUCGCGCUUCUGUUCUAUACCGCUGCGUUUCUACCAACCGUUUUCUCCGGCAGCGCGAACAACUCAAUUUACUUGGUGACGGUAACCUCCCAAGCAGUAGCGGGCUCUACAGAGACACUAUGCGCCCACCUACAACCGCCCAAGGAGCCUGUCUCCUUCGUCAUUACCCUGCAGACCAAGGACGCUAACGUGACGCUGCUGGAAGAAAGUGUGAAGGAGGAUUUCUACCGCUGCCUCCCUUUCCAGGUCCCCGUUGUCUCUGAGGAAACGGUGGUUUCCGUGCACGUGGCUGUGCGAAGCGAGAAGGAGUCCCUGAGCAAGAAGUCAAACAUCCUCAUCAAACCCAUCAGCUUCAUCACCUUCAUCCAGACAGACAAACCCGUGUACAAGCCUGGCCAGAAGGUCCAAUUUCGUGUUGUGUCUCUUGAUGCCAGCUUUCUGCCUUACAACCAAGAGUACAGAACUGUGGAACUGCAGGAUCCCAAUUCCAACCGCAUCGCUCAGUGGUUGAACAGGUCGACCACCAGUGGGAUUCUGGACCUUUCUAACCCCAUGUCUCCUGAGGCCACACAGGGGACCUAUGUCAUUACGGUCUGGAACGAGAAAGGAGACCAAAUCACCCACACCUUUGAAAUUAAAGAAUAUGUCCUACCCAAGUAUGAGGUCAAAGUCCAUCUUCCAAACGUUAUUACCAUCUUGGACACACAGGCAAAAUUGAAAGUUUGUGGGAAAUAUACCUAUGGGAAGCCGGUCCUGGGGUCAGUGAAUGCGGUAGUGUGCCGGCAACGCUUCAGAUAUUACUGGUAUUCAUUACCAGAGUCGCACAGUGAUAUCUGCAAUAAGUACAGCAUGACCACUGACAAGACUGGAUGUGCCACUGAGAUCAUUAAUGUGACUCAGUUUGCUCUGAAUGCUACGGGGUAUGAAGACAGUUUGGAAGUGGAAAGUGAGAUGGAGGAGUAUGGAACAGGUAUGACCCUGAAGGGCAGCGGUAGUUUGCGCAUCACCGGUGACAUCGUUACAGUGGCUUUUGAAGAAACACCACAGGCCUACAAGCCGGGUAUCCCAUUUGAGGGAAAGGUCAAAGUGACGGGCCCAGACUCGACCCCCCUGGCCAAUGAAACAGUGUUGCUGGUCACCAGCUACAGUGGCAAGUCUGAGAACUGGACUUUGACCACAGAUGACAUGGGUGUGGCUUAUUUCAGUCUGGACACUACCCCCUGGACAUCGAUGGGUGUCAAUGUGCAGGCGUUUUAUCGCAAACAGGAAGAGGACUUUGACUAUGUACGCCACAUUCGCAAACCCAGCUACAGGUCUGCUCAGAUGUGGGUGAAACCCUUUUAUUCAAAGAGCAAGAGUUUCCUUAAACUGAAGGCCAUCAAAGGGAAGCUGUCAUGUGACACAGAUGCAUCAAUCAUGGCUCAGUACAUCAUCCAGGGGGAGGAGCUGGAGAAGGAGCAGAAAUCCCUGGGCAUAUUCUAUCUGGUCCUGUCCAGAGGUACGGUCGCGCAACAUGGUCGUCUCCCAGUGUCGGUGAAAGAAGGCCAAGUGAACAAAGGGGACGUGUCGUUCUCUCUGCGGCGCAUGGCGGAUUUGGCGCCCUAUGCCCAGGUGGUGGUUUACACUGUGCUGCCGGACGGAGAGACCGUGGCUGACAGUGCUGACUUCCCUAUAAACCUUUGCCUGAAGAACAAGGUGUCUGUAAAGUUCAGCUCAUUCCAGGAGCUGCCAGGGGAGAAGACGACUCUGAGCCUCAGCGCCCAUGCUGGAUCCUUGUGCUCAUUGAGGGCCAUUGACCAGAGCGUGCUGCUUAUGGAACCAGGGCGAGAACUGAAUGUGGAAACCGUCUACAAUGAACUGCCAGUUCAGAAGCUUUCAGGAUAUCCUUACAGUGUGGAAGAUCACGAACCUUAUCCCUGCAUUAGCCCAAUAGACCACUUGGAGACGGUGGUAGAGGAACCUCCUGUUGAAAAUUCCACCUCCACCAUAGUGGAAAUUUUACCUGUGGAAAAUGAAGAUGGAACCAGCCCACCUGUGCCUGAUGUGCUGGACGGGGAGGCGGUGGACCUGCCCGUCGGCAGGAGCAAGCGAUCCAGUUAUUAUCACCCUGUAAAUGAGAAACAAGAUGUGUACAACAUCUUUAAGGAUGUCGGAAUUAAAAUCCUGACCAAUUCUGACGUGAAAAAACCGACAGACUGCUAUGAAAUUGCAUAUGCUAGGGUGCUUUAUGAUUCAGAUACGGACUAUUUAGUUGCGGACUCAGGACCUGUUCCCAUGGCGUUCAAUAUGGAGCGCUCGGACGUAGUGGGGGCGAAAGUUCUUGGUCAGGGUCAGCCAGAGCCGCCCCAAGAGACGGUCCGCACCUACUUCCCUGAGACGUGGAUCUGGGAUCUGGUACCGGUCGGAGAUUCAGGCGUGGCAAAGAUGGAGAAGACCGUUCCAGACACAAUAACGAAGUGGGCGGCAGGGGCCCUGUGCACCUCCCCCGUGGGCGUUGGCCUCUCCCCCACCGUUGGCCUCACCGCGUUCCAGCCUUUCUUCGUCAGUCUGACGCUGCCGUACUCCGUCAUCCGGGGAGAGGUGUUCACUCUCAAGUCCACCGUGUUCAACUACCUCUCCAAGUGCAUCAUGGUCCAGUUGAGCCUGGCAGAGUCCACGCAGUUUACAGCCCGGGCCUGUGAAGGUUGCGAGUACACGCACUGCCUGUGUGGAGAGGAGAGCCGGACCUUCAGCUGGAUCAUCACACCCACCGCCCUGGGUGAGGUUAGCAUUAAAGUGAGCGCAGAAGCGCUGAAGACCGAGGACUUGUGUGGAAACGAGGUGGCCACCGUCCCAGAGAGGGGACGAAUUGACACCGUGGUCCGCACACUCCUCGUGGAGGCAGAGGGUACCAAAGAGACCAUCAGCCACAACGCCCUACUGUGUCCUGCAGAGGGCCCGGCAGAGCAGGCUGUCUCACUGAAGCUGCCCGAGGUGGUGGUGGAAGGUUCAGCGAAGGCCUCCGUGUCUGUGUUGGGUGACCUGAUGGGCCGGGCCAUGCAGAACCUGGACAAGCUGCUGGCCAUGCCGUACGGCUGCGGCGAGCAGAACAUGGUGCUGUUCGCCCCCAACAUCUACAUCAUGAAGUACCUGGAGAGCACCAAGCAGCUCACCAAGGAGAUCAAGGACAGGGCGGUGCAGUUCCUGGAGAGCGGCUACCAGCGUGAGCUGAACUACAAGCAUGAUGACGGCUCCUACAGUGCCUUUGGCAAGAGUGAUGACUCUGGAAAUACCUGGCUCACCGCGUUUGUGCUCAAGUCCUUCGGAGGAGCGAGGCCGUACAUCUUUGUGGACCCAGACCACAUCACACUGGCCAAGACCUGGCUCCACAGCAACCAGAAGCCAAACGGCUGCUUUCUUUCUGUGGGAAGUUUAUUAAACAACGCCAUGAAGGGGGGAGUCAGCGAUGAGGUGUCACUCACCGCCUACAUCACUGCAGCGCUACUCGAGCUGGAGAAGAACACCACUGAUCCUCUGGUGGAGAAGAGCCUGGCGUGUCUGAAAGCUGCAGCAGGGCAGAUGGAUCACCUGUACACCACUGCCCUGUUAGCCUACACCUUCACUCUAGCGGGUGACACGGAGAACAGGAAGGCACUCAUCACCCACCUGGACAAGGUUGCCAUAACCACAGAGGGAUCUCGUCACUGGAAGCGUGCGGAGACGUCGGACAAACGGACCGACUCCCUGGAGGUGGAGAUGACCGCCUAUGUGCUCCUCGCCCUCCUCUCUGGGCCCACCCUGCCCGAUUUCGGCCUGAAUUACGCCUCCAGCAUCGUGCGCUGGCUGACCAAGCAGCAGAACCCCUACGGGGGCUUUGCCUCCACGCAGGACACAGUGGUGGCGCUCCAGGCUCUGUCACUGUACGGUGCUGCCACCUACAGUGCGGAGGGUUCGAGCGAGGUGACUGUGGAAUCGAUGGGGGGCUACACUCACAAGUUCACAGUGGAUCAGCACAACAAGCUCCUGUACCAGGAGGAGAAGCUGCCGGAGGUGCCCGGGGAGUACACCAUCAAGGCCCAGGGGCAGAGCUGCGUGUUCGCGCAGAUUGCUUUGCACUACAAUAUCCCCCCUCCCCCCGAUUUCACUGCCUUCAACAUCUCCGCCAGAGCCGUCGGAGUCUGCAACAGCACGCAGAAGAAGACCCUCAGUGUCACAGUGGCUGUGAGGUACGAGGGGAGGCGGGAGGAGACCAACAUGGUGAUCAUUAACAUCAAGAUUCUGUCUGGAUUCCUCCUUGAUAAGAACUCGAUACGAUUUUUGAAAGGCGAUAAGACUGUGAAACGUGUUGAUCAGGAAGAUGGACACAUCAUCAUUUACCUGGAUGGGCUCAAAAAGGGACAAGAGAGGAAGUACUCUGUGCUAAUAGAUGAAGACAUGCCUGUGAGGAAUCUGAAGCCUGCAGUGGUCAAGGUUUAUGACUAUUACCAGACAAGUGAUGAAGCUGUAUGUGAAUAUUCCUCUCCUUGUGCCGAGGGUGAUGAGCUAAAUGAGCUGUGAAGAGACGGGCCCAAUGACAACUCAAGCACAUCGUAAUGUAGCAGGGGACUGAACAUAUUUUACACAACUGACAAAACCUUUUCUGUUCUGCCCAGAUGUUUAAAUUCUGAUUUUAACACAUGCUCUCCCAUUGUUUUAAUUCACUUUUAAAGCCGCACUGUGGAUGUUUGUGGAAUAAAAAGUUAAUAUUCAGUUUGUGUUUCAUACUAGCUUUUGCAAUCUGAGUUCAUGAGUAUUUUAAGUGUGUCACUCUGUACUUUGUCACCUUUGGAUAAUGUUCAGCAAAGUAAGGUUUUGUUUGUAUUACUUUAACUAGUAUAACAUAAAACUGUAUUCCUUA